GAGCUAACCGAUCUGUCCAGAGAUCCUCCUGCUCAGUGCUCUGCCGGACCCGUCGGAGAAGACAUGUUUCAUUGGCAAGCUACUAUAAUGGGACCUCCGGACAGUCCCUAUCAGGGUGGCGUGUUUUUCCUGACUAUUCAUUUCCCCACAGAUUAUCCCUUCAAACCACCCAAGGUCGCCUUCACAACAAGAAUUUAUCACCCAAAUAUUAACAGUAACGGCAGUAUCUGUCUGGAUAUAUUGAGAUCACAGUGGUCUCCAGCAUUAACUAUCUCUAAAGUCCUUUUGUCCAUUUGUUCUCUGUUAUGUGACCCGAACCCUGACGACCCGUUAGUGCCAGAGAUCGCCCGCAUCUACAAAACAGACCCUGUUAGGUAUAGCAGACUAGCCAGGGAGUGGACAGAGAAGUAUGCCAUGCUGUGAGGGUACAACAAGACAGCUCAGGACUGGACUCAGAAAUACGCCAUGUGACCCUCUUCCUCCCCCUGCUGGAACAAACUGUUUGAUUUCCCACCAAUCAAUCAGCCAAUAACAGCAAUUUGUUCACGUUCCUUUGGGCCCGCCCCCUCCAUCUGAACCGCUUUUAAACUUUUGAUUUCUCUGCUUUGUGAAAUAAUGAGUGAACGGAGGGAAGAUGGGCCGAGAGCUGUGAAUGUGCCAACUGAGAAACUGUUACAAUAAAUAAUCAAUAAUUUAAUGCAUGUCAGUGAUUGAUUGGUUCAUGUGCUGCUCAGAUUUGUCCACUUUUUAAAAAAAAAAAGGAGCCGACAGAUUUUUAUUGAGUUCUUGUUGUUUUUUUGUUUUGUUUUAGACGAGAGCCGUUAGUUCAUCCAUCAUCCAACACUGUUCUCCUCUUUUUGCACUGAAGAUGAAACUCAAAGCUCUCAACGGCUGAUUGAUCAACUAAUAGCUCUGUGAUGUUUUUUUUUCUCAAUAAAGUUGAACAAAUUGCA